AUACACACCUUAAGAAAUGACAUUGGCAUAUAAUUUGAGGCUUUCAUGGCGAUGUGUGUUCAGUUGGUUGCUUCUGGUUGGGACGAAGUUGGAGGUGGUAUUUUCAUCCGGGGAAACAGGCUUACAUCGAUUCAGUUAUGACCAUCACAUCAGAAAUUAGCAUGACCAGUUACAACAUGUGAAUCACCUGGAAGAACUGGUAUAUCUGGUUGGAGGAGAAGAACAUUUACUUUCAUCAUUGGGACAGUUUUCUGUGGAAUAAUGAAAAAACAGCUGAUUCAUCUGCACUGCCUGAAGAAGCUAGGCAAUGCAACCCGUCUCUUCCUGUUGACAUGGCAGAUGAUGCCAAUAGAAUGAGGGGAGAUGCUAUUGGUAACACUCUGUAUAGUGAAUGUUGGGUCAUCAAGAUUCUGAUGAAACUUACUAAGUUUUCUUCAGAAGAUUGGUCAGAAGAUAUGGAAACUGAGCUGUGUUUACUUUGGGAUAUGACAAUUGAGCCAGAUGUGGUAGAAUUGUUGAUGCAACACAACUUUCUAGACCUGACAUCUAGGAUCAUACAUCACACUAACAUACCUAGACUUAUGGAGAUCUUGGUCGGGAUUAUAGGAAACCUGACUUGUGUUCCAAGGGUUCGUAAGGAGAUUGCAAGAAAGGUUGACAUAAUUCGUAUGCUGCUGGAAUUACUUUCUAUGCCAGAUGUCCCGACUCUUCUGCAACUCAUGAGAUUGCUUCAGGCAUGUUUUUGGGAUCUUAGGAAUACAGAAGAAAAUACCGUUUCCUCUGGGCCGUCAGUAGAAAAAUCAGUGUUGCGAGAAAACAAUUCCAAAAACCCUUCAAUACAUGAAGCUGUUACCAAAUGUUCCGAAUUAGACAUUAAUUCUUCAUUUAAGGUUACAGUAGAUGAAGAAGCACGCGUAGCAGAUGUACAAGAGGUGAAACGUGCAGGUAAUCUUCGUGAAGAAAAAUCGGUACAUCGUCCUUCAGGUGAAAUUUUGGAUCUACAGAAUUGUGCUAUGGAUCUUGAUCUAUCAGGAGCAAACAGGUGCACGUUGCAUGAGUCAAGUCACAAAGAGACUGUGGAGUCUCUUGUACUGGAGGCGGAUCAAGUUGACUGUGAGAUUAAAGAUGCGAGUUACAAGAGUAAAGAUGAACAGUUGCAAAUAAAAGUGGAUGUUAAUAAGGAAAAGGCUGAAGUAGACUCAGUAUGGUUGCAAGAAUUAUCAGAUGUAAAUAAGUGGUUUCCAAGUAUCAUCUUUAUCCUUGGAAGUUCUACAAAUGGGGAGCUGAUAUGUAGUACACUGGCCUUGCUGGACACAUUAUGUCAUGUGCCGAUUAGUGAUGGCUAUCUCGGAAGACAUAUUGCCAGUCCAGAUGUUGUGUUGGCUCUGUUGGAGACUCUGAAGCAACUGCAUCACGAAUAUAGGAAGGAUAAUGACUUCUGCAAAGAUGUUAAGUUGGAGAAAGCUGUGCGUCAUUGGGCUGCGAUUCUGUCCGGCUUUUCAUCAUUUCCUGAAGGGAAAGCAGCGUUGUGUAACCACGCUGAAGCAUUAAGUACCAGCCUGUGUAGCCAUUUGAUGGUAGAUAAACUGUCGGAUCAGCUUAGCGAACAUCAGGCUGAAUUCAUAAUGUUAGCUACAGAGAUAAUGGGCUCGUUGUUAGAGGACUCCGGUUACUUCCAUCCUCCGACAUUCAACCGCUUUCUUUCCAUCCUCACGUUUCUUCGAGGGAGGAGUACUUUGGAGAGAAACAGAUGUAACAGAGAUGGUGGGGAGAAUCUGAGGAAUGUAUUUGCGACUUGGGAGGUGCAGCAAGAAGUGAUCGGUGUUUUGGAGAAAUAUUUUGUGGCUGUUGUACAGCGGGCAGAUGGAGGAGCGCUGGCCAGCGUACUGCAGCAUUGUAACAAAGAACAUGUAGCCAUUCUCCAGUCAGUUAUGGAAGGUCAGAAGUCCAUUUAAAAAUCCUAGUAGAAUGUUGAUUCCU